UGCGCUUCCAAUUCAGUGAACCAAAGGCUCAUCACUAGUCAGUCGUACAGCCCCAGCAAUUUCUAAUUCGGCUAAGUUUUGACGUCCCGGAACCUCCACGCCGCCGGCGGCACCGGCACGUGACGUGACAGGCGACAUGUUUAGCAUCUCGGCGAGGGGAUCAAAUCGCCAGUCUGCUGUCACGCAUCCCGAGUCUGGUCGUCGAUCCCAAAUCCGGUCAGAGCCUCACAACUGCGGAACGGAAACGGCUCGCGGGAAGCGAGCGGAACGGAGCGAGCGUUACACGCUAAACAAGGGAACCGCCGCGCCGUUGGCUCCCCACCGUCCACGCCGCCCCCGCGUCGCCUCCAAACCCGGCCGCCCACUCGCCACCGCGCCGCUCUUUAUAGCCAUCCACGCGCCCCGCAUGCACGCACGCAAGCAGCCAAGCCCCUCUCCCCCCCGCGCGAUCCGAACAGAGCGCGAGUCUCGCCGCGGCCGCCCGAGGCAGAGGUAGAAGGGGAUCGCGUCGCGGCGAUCCGUCCCGCUGCGGAUCGAUGGAGGUGAAGGUGUCCGGAUCAGGCGACGCGGCGCGGGGCGCGUCCCCGACCGCCUCCGGCUCCAAGAAGCGGCCGCCCAGCCGGCUGCAGAAGCAGGCGCCGGCGUCGCUGCAGCUGGAGCAGGGCGCCGCCGGCGCGGGGCCGGGCGCGGGCGCGGGGGCGUGGGGCGACGGGAGGGCGGCGAUCCCGCUCCUGUCGCCGCUCGUCACGUCGCCCGCGAUGCCGGUGUGGGAGGCGGACCGGUCGGGGGGCGGCAGGAGGGAGGGAGGCGGGGAGCAGGCCGACGGGAGGAACGGCGGCGAGCAGCAGCAGCAGCAGCGUGGCGCCGCCCGGCACGGCGGCGGCGGGGAGCGCCAGGCGCACGACGCGUCCCCCAGGUCGUCCGCGCCCGCGCCUGCGGCCGGCGGGGGAUGGCGGCACCCGGCGCUCCAGGCGCCGGUUGCGGAGCCGGCGUCCCUCGUGCCCUUGUUCAAGUCGCAGUGCGCGGUGGAGGCGCGCAACGCGCCGCAAUGAAGGAAGGCGGGUGCUCGACCACCAGACGACAAGCGCUCUCGUGGCAGGAGCCGCGGCGACGAUGAAGCCACCGCCGGCUCUCUCGUCUUGGCCGGCGGCGUGAUCUCUCCCCUAGCUUUGCCUGUACAAUCUGGUUGCAGCCCUUUGUGAAUACUUCAACCCUCUCUGGCUUCGGCGAUGGCUUGAUGUUUGGGAAAUUGUCCAUUUGACAUGGCUUCUCUAGCUUAGUCAUUUUAGCCAUUGUUGACAUGAUCUAAUAAAGCAUUGGCAUUCAGCUAAGGGCACGUACAACGGUAGUUCCCAAGCUGUCUAUGUAGUGCCAGGUUUCACAGUUAAGUGAGGGGAGUGAGCCAUGCCAUCGUCUCACGAUACACAGGCUGCUGCUCGCGCUCCAGUAUUGCUCAAACAUCAGAGAAAUGACAAUCGGUUUGCAAUCC